AUGCAAAGGCUGCGACAAGAGUCGCGGGCGAAUCACGGGGCAGAAGCGGCGCCCAGAGAGCAGCGCGGAAAUAGGCCAAUAGUCGAGAGAUUGGGGGCAAGGAACCAGGCCGAUACAGAUACCAAAUCGCCUGAUAGGCGAAAUGCCAAGGUAAGGAAGGUAUGGAUGCCAAAGGGCGAUAAACAGGUGGCCGAUGUGGCCGUCACGGCAGUAGUUAACGAGAAGGACGAAGAUUCCAGCGGCCGAUCAUCCUAUAAGGACGUACUCGUAUCGCAUCAGGGUGGCCAGCUUAAAGCAAGAUUGCCCAAAGGCCGCGAGGUCGUCGUCUCGCACAAGAAGGGAGUGUUGAAAGCUUGGGUCCCAGUGGUGAGGGACGAAUACGGAGUAAAGGUGGUCACGCUCCCCAACUCAUACAGAAGUAAGCCAGGGCAGAAGGCGACAUUGGAAGGCGAUGUAAUCGUGCCGGAAGGACAUAGCGCCGACAGUACCGCGGUAGUAUCUCUUAGCAAGCCUCCAAUAAGGAUGAUCAGGCACAUUCGGCCACUGUACAUCAAGGCCGAUUUAAACGGGGUAUCGAUUAACAGGGUCCUUAUUGAUAACGGGGCUGGCGUUAACAUACUACCGGUGAAAAUGCUCAAAAAACUGGGCAUAACGCGGGAUCAGCUUGACCCGACCGAUGUUUACAUGACUGACUUCGCGGGAGGCGAGACGCCGGCUGAAGGGUACAUCACCCUCCGAAUCAAGUGCGCAACCCCAACCCCUUCGGCCUGUAUCAGUGACCCUCGGGGGCAAAGGCCGAUCCACCAUCCUCAGAGAUUCACAAUGAUGACACGACAUAAAGAAUUGAGGGAGAAAAUUAGACAGCUGACCUCGCUAUAUGAUAUUUCAUCGGCCGAAUGCAUCUACGAGGACCAAGAUCAAGACCCGACAGGAUCAUUGCGAAUUGAGGACAUACGGCUGGCAACCGGGAAACUAGAAGAUGAUCCCGCCCAAGUACAAGACGACAUCUUUGAGGUGAAUCUGGGGACAGAUGAUUCGCCGAAGCCGAUAUAUAUCAACGCAGGACUGGACGAGGGAUUCAGAGAACAACUGGUCGCCCUACUCGUGGAGUUCCGCGACUGUUUUGCCUGGUCGUAUGAUGAGAUGCCGGGCCUUGACCCUGAUAUCGCCGAGUAUAAACUUCCAUUGAAAAGUGGGUUUCGGCCAUUUCGGCAACCUCCCCGGCGAAUGUCCAGGGAAGUGGAUACUCUCAUCCAGGAUGAGAUUAAGCGGCUGGAAGAUGCCAAGUUUAUUCGGGAAGCCCAGUACACCGAGUGGCUCUCUAACAUCGUACCAGUGAUGAAGAAAAACGGGAAGCUACGAGUGUGCGUAGAUUUUCGAAACCUCAACCUGGCCACACCCAAGGACGAAUACCCGAUGCCGGUGGCCGAUAUGCUGAUCGACAGGGCAGCUGGACACACGAUACUCAGGGCAACAUACCAGAGGGCAAUGAACAAAAUGUUCAGAGGCCUUGACUGCCUUGAGGUUUGCAUCGACGAUGUCGUAAUCAAAUCAAAUACCGGCGAAAUCCAUCUAGCCGACCUCCGGAAAGGUUUCGAACGUAUACGACGCAAUGGGUUAAAGAUGAAUCAUCUGAAAUGCGCAUUCGGCGUUUCGGCUGGAAACUUCUUGGCGGGCCGGCUUCGCAGCUGGAGUGUUUUGCUGAGAGGAAAAGAGACCGAUGAGUGGAUAUGGACGGACGAGCAACAGAGGGUGUUCGACGAUUUAAAAGGUUACUUAGCAAAACCUCCGGUUAUGACCCCUCCAAAGCCGAAUAAACCGUUAUUACUAUAUCUAUCGGCUGCACACGAAUCUCUAGGAUGUAUGCUCGCCCAAGAGGACGAUGAGAUUGAGAGAGCAGUCUACUAUUUGAGCCGAGGACUGACGGGCACAGAAAUUCAUUAUACCGACAUAGAAAAAAUGUGUCUAUGCAUGUACUUCACGUGCUGCAAGCUGCGAUACUAUAUGUUGCCGGUCGUAGUGUAUGUUUUGUCCCAGACCGAUAUCAUUAAGUAUAUCUUAUCAAAACCAUACCUAAGGAAUCGGAUUGGAAAAUGGGCGAUUGCAAUGUCCGAAUUCACAUUGGUGUAUGUUCCCCAAAGAGCAGUAAAAGGACAAGUGUUGGCAGAUUUCUUGGCCGAUCACCUUGGUAUUACCCUCAAGGAAGAAACAGUCACGUUCUUCGACAUCACCGUGUGGAAGAUGUGGUUCGACGGAUCCAGGACAAGCCAGGGGGCAGGCGCGGGAGCAGAAUAUGAGGCCCUCAUAUUCGGUUUCGAGGUUUUAGCCGAGCUAGGGGCAAGGGCGAUCAGCGUAAAAGGAGAUUCUUUGCUAGUCAUUAAACAAGUGACAGGAGAAUUCAAAUGCGAGUCCGAGCUAUUGGGAAGGUAUUGCAACAAGGCGAAACACUUGAUCGAAGGCUUUCAGGAUACAAGGAUAGAAUACACAGAGAGGGCUGAUAACGGCGUUGCAAAUGACCUAGCUCAGCACGGUAGUGGUUACAAGGUGAACCGAGAGUUCGACGCUAUAGAGAGGGAAACGCCGAAUCUCCACACCGGGGGCAUCACGAUCGACGAAAGACAAUUCUCGGUUUACCAGCUGGACGUCACCCAAGAUUGGAGGGUCGAGCUCCUGAAAUGGUUCGAAAAGCCAGAUCUCACGGAUAGGAGGUUGAGAACGUUGGCCCUGAAUUACGUUGUGUUAGCCGGCGAACUAUAUAAGAAAGGCUUUGAAGGGCUACUCUUCAGGUGCAUCGGUCCAAAAGAAGCCAUGCUUGUAAUGGCCGAGGUACACGAAGGAAUAGCAGGUGCUCACCAGGCGGGUCCCAGAAUGAGGUGGUUGAUCCACAAAUACGGUUUUUACUGGCCGAAAAUGGAACAGGACUGCGGAAGAUAUACCCUGGCUCGUCAGACGGUCAUACUUUUUGUGAUUAUCGCCACAUGCUAUUUUACCAAAUGGGUCGAAGCUAAACCUUUGAAGUCACCGACACAAGAAGCGGUGAUCAAGUUCUUCAAAGAAUACAUCGUCCACCGACACGGGUUACCCGAGUCUAUAACCACAGAUCAAGGGACGAUGUUCACAGGAGGCGACAUAAGUUGGUGGGCCUCCCAAAUGAAGAUAAAAAUGUUACAUUUAACGCCGUACUACGCCCAAGCCAACGGACAAGCCGAAGCCACAAACAAAACAAUCAAGCUCAUAGUUCAAAAGAUGAUUGAAGAAAACCCGAGACAAUGGCAUGUGUUUUUAUCAGAAGCCGUUUGGGCGAAUAGAACCAGUCAGAAGUCGGCUACUGGGACCUCACCUUUCAGACUGGUAUAUGGCUAUGAUGCGAUGUUGCCAAUGGAGCUAACUGUCACGUCUACUCGCCGCAAAUACCAGAGCGAAUUGUCCAAAGACGACUACUUCGACAAGAUGGUGAUUGAUUCUCUUGACUUUGACGAAGAACGUUUGACGGCGUUAGAUCACCUCGAAGCCCAGAAAAGAAGGGUCGAGAGAGCUUACAACAAACGAGUGAAAAGAAAGACAUUUUCGGUGGGCGACAUAGUGUGGAAGGCAGUCUUGCCUAUCGGCCAUAAAGAUACUCGACUGGGCAAAUGGAGCCCCAACUGGGAAGGCCCCGUUAUUGUGGUUUCGAAGUUAACAGGCGGCGCUUACUUGCUGGCGAACAUUGAUGGGGAAGAACACGACAGGGCAAUCAACGGUCAGUUCCUAAAAAAAUACGUCCCUAGUUGUUGGGAGGGCGUAGCCCGUCGUUUAUUUGGAGCCAACGAGGAAUAG